AUGGAAAAAAUAAAACCGGCAGGAAAUGUCUCAAAAUGUGUCAAAACUAUCUGUCCGUCACCAGAGGAACUCAGUGUGAUCACGAACAACGUCAAAUGUGACAAGUGCGGAGUCGUAUUUCAAAAUGAGCCGCGAUAUCGGUUACACGAUCUUAAAGUGCAUCAACGUAAAAAUUUAGAUAAAACAAUAAAAGAAAAUGUACAAUACCAUUGUCCGGUGGAGACUUGUAUUUACGCUCCAACAGCCGAAAGACAUUUCAGUACUAUGAAAUAUCUUAAACAGCAUUAUCUUAAAGUACAUGCAAAGAAAACAUAUGCAUGUACGCGAUGCAACAAAAGUUUUUCUACUGAAGCAGCUAAAGAAGGCCACAUGAGAGUAUGUGGAAUUGAAUUUACAUGUUCCUGUUCAAAAUCUUACACUUCUUAUGAAGCAUUACUCACACAUGCAAAACGAUCUUUACAUACUAUAAAUGACAAAUAUAAAAAUUCUUUAAGGCGCACAAAUUCUAAGACAAUGAAAUUGAUUUUAUCAACUAGUCAAUCAGAAGUAAAUAAAUUAGUUACAAUACUACCAACAAAUCAAAAUGAGAAUAGAAUAUCCAGUCAGAAUAAUUCCACGCAAAAAGUUACAUCAGAUAUUGGUAUACAAACAGAUGAAUAUAAAAGAAAUAGAAGAAUAUCAAGUCCAUUGAAACAUAUCAACAAUAGUCAUUAUCACAAUGGAAAGCGUGGAAUAUCUAAACAAACGCAGACAAGCAUUUCCCAAAGAAUUAGACAAAAUGUAAUGUCUAUGGAAACACAAACAAUAGAAGCUUCGCAAACAUUUAAGAAUUCACUGAGGCUUCAAAAGCACAGAAAAAAUUCUGUAUCCCAAAAUUCUGAUUAUACAUUGUUAAAGGAAGACCUUAAUCUUGGCAACUUUACAUCUUCAAAUUUAUUCCCUAGCAGUCCAUUACCACUUCGUCAUGAUGAUGGAUUGCAAGACUUUUGGGAGGAUAAGAGUACAUCAGGUACUCAAACAAUACCUGAAAAAGACAUGUUUGAGGUUCUAAAUGAUAAUGUCACUCAAACAGAAUUUGAAACAUUUUAUGAUCAUAGUCCAAAUUCAUUAAUACAAUGUACUCCAAAGAACACAGUUGCUCUAAUGACUUUACCUUAUGUUGAAGAAACGUCGACAGUUGUUGGAGAAUACUCUUUUGUGUCCUCAAAUGGCAUAUCACGAUCAGAUCCCAUGCUUACGGACAAAACUUUUGAUGAUAAGUUUAGCAGCAUAGAGACUCAGACAGAACAAGCUUAUUCACAAUCAUUUUUUGAUUCAGAUCCUUUAACCAGAUCAUUUGCUUUAAGUUCUACUAUUGAAACACAAACUACAAAUAAUCUUGAUAACAUGGAACAGCUAUUAUACAGUAAUACAUGCACGCAAACAUGUAAUGAAAUACUACCGACUGAUCUAGGAUUAUCUAAUAUUCAAACACAAACACCUUGGACUCAACUUGAGGAUACUACUGUUUCUGCCGAAACGCAAACAAAAUCCUUGAUAUGUGAAACAGGAUGCAACAUUUCAAUGAGUGCAUGUCGUUCCUGGUUAAGUACUCAAACUAGUCACACUGAAACACAAACUGACUUACUUAGUAUUUUUGAAGGUCUUCAAUAAUAAAGUAUUCAAUCUUUAUACAUAUGACAGUAUAACAAUUGAUAUUUAGGAAAAAUACUUUAAGUAUAAAGUCAAGAUAACUUGCAUUUGGUACUGUAAAUUAAGACUAAUUUUUUCAUGU